UGUUUACAGUUCGUCAGCGCUAAGCUAGCAGAGUCGCUUGUGGAAUUUUAAUUUAUAUUUAGCCUAGCGAUAAAAUAUUUUGAUAUUAUUUUCAACGUGUUUUAGUUGUCUUUUAGUUUCCCAAAUUUAAUUAAAAUGCGCGGCAAAAUAUAUUUUACACCGAAUGAAGUAUCCAUGCACAACACAAUAGGAGACCUGUGGGUAUCAUAUCUGGGCAGAGUUUACAACCUCACACCUGUGGUAGAAAAAUACAAAGGUGAUGUUCUUUUGAAACCAAUAAUUGAAUGUGCUGGGAAGGAUAUUAGUCACUGGUUUGACCCAAAAACAAAAGAUAUUGUUACCCAUAUUGACCCAUUAACUGGCUGUGUAAAGUACUACACCCCCAGAGGACGUUUUGUGCAUGUGCCCCCUGCAUGUCCUCGCACUGACUGGGUGAAUGAUUUUGGAAAGCCAUGGUGGAAAGAUGCCCAAUAUCAGGUGGGCCUUCUGUCAGCCAAGACCCGCUGGAUCCGCAUCAUCAACACACUCACCUCACAGGAACAGAGGCUAGAGGUUUGUGCUGAGGAGACUCUGAGUGACAUUUUGGAGCGAUACCUGCGCUACAACUCCCAUGCAUCCAGCUACACCUGGAAACACAAUGGUUUAAAUCUAGACAUGAAUAAGACUCUGAGUGAGAAUGGCAUAACGGAUGAGGAUGAGGAAUUCGACCAGUGUCGCCUGGAUCGCGACCUCUUCACACCAUCUCUGUUGCUGUACUUUAAUGAUGACCUCACUGAACUCUAACUGAACAUUAAAGCUUUUAAUAUAAUUAAAUAGCUUUAACACUGA